GCCUUACUCCUUAUGAAGUUGAAUAUGCUGAGAAAUGCUAUCUUCCCUUUCAUCACUAUGGCCUUUUACUCAAUGGGGAAUUGAUCUGCUCGGCCCCUUUGUCAAAGGCAAAGAAGGUUACACGUACCUCGUUGUUGCUGUGGAUUACUUUACCAAAUGGAUAGAAGCCAAACCGUUGUCCACAACAACAAAGAAGAAAAUAGAGGAGUUCCUAUUCAAUUCCAUACUGUGCUCAACAAAGUGCUCUGGUCGUGCCGCACUAUGCCCAGCUCGGCCACUGGCGAAACUCCAUUUUGCCUUGCUUAUGGAACUGAGGCCAAUCCUAGUGCAGAUUGGCUUGUCAUCUAACGGGUCAGCUCGGCAUAAUGAUUCUAAUAAUGAGCAACUCCUGAGAGAAAACCUAAACCUUGUCGAGGAGGUUAGGGAAAUGUCUCGGAUGAAAAACGUGGCCUAUCAGAGUCGUGUUGCUAGAUUUUACAAUAAAAGGGUUCGUGCUCGACAAUUUCAGGUCGGCAACCUGGUUUUACGCAAAGCUGGGCUCACUAACGCUUAUUUACACAUGGGUAAGCUCGCUCCCAAUUGGGAAGAUUCUUAUAUGGUUGUUCAAGUUAAACGACCUGGGUCUUACUAGUAGAUUCAUAAGGUCAUCAAUUACCAUUUACUUGAAAUAUACACAAUCUCAAGAGAUAUUAUAGUUAGUUUGUACUACGAUUAAACAUACUCAGAAGAUGUAAAGUGUGUAGAAAGAUUACUGAAUACAGAAACUUCAUCAAA